AUGACGACGGCUGAACAUGAUGCGAGGAUCAGCUUUUAUACCCAAUCGUUUACUAUAUUCACAUCGCUUCAGUCCAUCGCAGCUGCUCAGGCCAACGAGGCCCCACCACCCGAGUCAGCAUGGCUAGCAGGCGGACCAUCUGCUCAGACGAUGCAGUACUACUACCGGAUCGGCACGCUAUACUGCGAGGCCAUACAAGAGUAUUUGACCAGCCUCGAGCCGCAACAAGGGGAAGAUGAAUCUGAGUUCGAGCGCCAUGUACAGGACAUGCAUAUGAUUUUCCAUCUGGCGCGAGUUCUGUAUGUGCCGGAAGACGGCAGUGGUGUGGGUGUCGUUGGCGAAGAACUGCUACACUGGCUUAAUGCACACGAUGUCGCUCCAACGACUGAGCAGGGUCAGCAAAUUGCGCAAACGAUCCCGCCACACCAACACCCCGACUAUUGGGACUAUGUGCUCCGUUGCGUCUUGCGUGGCUUUUACGGCACGGCCGCCACUGUCCUUCAAUCAUACGUCGAUGCGCCAGAAUCGCCGACAUUGCAGUCUAUCGCGGCAGAGACUGUACAUAUGCUACAAACUGUGCCGCGAUCCACGUCUUUUUCUACAGAGCAGUCGUUCUUGUCGGCUCAUCGGCAUUGGCACACGUCACUCCGAAUAUUUUUAAGCAGCAUUCAGCGCAAGAUGGAUGCAGUGGAGUCGGAGCUACACCAAGCUUCAAUGCCUUCAAGCAGUGAUGUGCGCUUGGAACUCGAAGCACAAUUUCGGUGCCUGUAUGAACUGCUCUGUGGUGUCGAGGACCGCGUUUUGGAGUUUGCUGAGGACUGGAAAGAGGCGCUUUGUGCAUGGGGUAUGCUUGUUUCGCCUUCAAUGAAGCGUGAUGAUGUUCCGGAAACUGUGCAGCACAUUACGGCUUCACUGCAAGUUGAUGAGACCCUGGCUCGGGAGACAAUCUUGUCUCACUUGACGCGCGGUGAUCUCGUCAAGGCUCUGAAGCAGUGCACAAAUUUUGAUUUGUGGAUCGCGGCGCAUCUGGGUGACUAUUUCUGUAAAACGCAAGUGUUGGAAGAGCCUCAAAUGUUGCCCGAUAUCCUCAUGACAUGGGCUGAUACGCUGCUCGAGGAGGAACGACUCUGGCGUAUGGCCCUUUCUUACCUCGAUGCAAUCCACACUACAGAGGCGCGCGACAAAAUGCGCUCCAUCCUGUUUAGUGUGCCACUUUUUGGCCGUGAUGAAUCUGACGAUUUUACCAAAGUGGAAGAGGUAUUGGGUGCAUGUAUCGAAUAUGGUAUGGACGACGAAGUGCGCAUCAUUUGCCGACGACUUGCUGAUGCUCUCUUGAAGCAACAAAAAUACGGCGUGGCUAUUGCUUAUAGCGUACGAGCGCGCGAUGCGCGGCAAGUGCAAGCCAUUGCAGAUCACAUGCUCAACGAUUAUGUGACACAUGGUGCAGAGCAUUAUAUGGAGAGCGUCGAUUCUGUCCCUCGCAAAUUACUGGAAGAUGUGCUCCAGGAAGAACAAAUGGGCGUGACACCGUUUGCUACGUCUUCGAGCAUUUUUUCUUCGCAAACAUUUGCACCACUUGUUUUUCACAUCAAGUACCACGAUUUUCAUCAGUUAUUUUCUCAGCAUAAUACUUGGCGUGAGGCAGCGCAGCUUCUUGUGGGACUACUGACUAGUGAUGUGACGCCAGCGUCGUUUUUGUCCGUAUUGCUCGUUGAUGCUUUGCCUUUACUGCAAUCAACAACCACGUUGUUCUUUACACUGCCAGAAGCGUACGAACUUCUACGAGUCGCUGAAAAGGUGACCUCGGUUGAGGGUGACCAGGCAGACUUGUACUUCUACUGGCUCGAGCAAUUGCUCGUCAACGACGACCAUGAUGAAACUCGCCGUCGAAAACUCGCCAACGAGCGCAUGCUUGUAGUGCGACUCGCUCUGUCCCAAUACAUGUCGCGCAUUGUCAUUGAGUCAGAUAGCUCUCUCUAG